CAGAUAAGUCACAUCAGUCGGCGGCCAAUCCUUCGAGAAGUCGUUCCAGCCGAUUUUGUCAUUUAAUUAGCAUAUUUUCUUUUCGUUUUGCACUUUUUUGAAAUAUUUUACAUAAAUAGACAUUCAAACGGACGCCACGAGGCGAUCGAUACCGGUAAUCGAAAUGGGACGGAUUAUGCACCUUGUGUUUUUGAUCCUACUCGCUUUACAAGUUGUCUUCGGAAGGUAUGAAUAUGCCCACUAUUGCAAAUUACGUGGAUGUUGUCCUGGAAGACAAGACGAUUGCUUGUAUCAAAUAGACCGACAUACAGUUUGUUAUUGCGACGAAUUCUGUGUAAAAACCAAGACAUAUGUCAACUCAAUAGAUUGUUGUUCUGACUACUGGAGUUCCUGCCGACGAUCUGAACCGUGGGUGUACGGGAAUAACACUUGUUAUGUCAAAGAUUUGAACAGAGAGUACAAAGUUAAUGGAGAAUUCAAGAUUAACUGCAAUAAGUGCAAGUGUCAUGUAGGCAACCGAAAUAUGAACAUAUCAUGCGAUGAAGAGGUAUGUGUUGUGGAUGAUAAAUUAAUUUCUUUAGUGAACAGCCGUAAUUUGGGCUGGACGGCUUCUAAACAAAACGAGUUCUGGGGACUGACGAUAAGAGAAGGAUUCGCCAAACUGCUUGGAACAUUCUACUUCAGUCAGAAGGUGUUAAGGAUGUCUUCUAUACAUGUUAGAGUACGUUCACUACCCCAUAGCUUUGAUGCUAGAGAAGAAUGGCCUGGAUACAUACAAGGCCCAAAAAAUCAAGGGCACUGUGGCGCAUCUUGGGCUUUUUCAACCAUCUCCGUCGCAAGUGAUCGUUGGGCAAUCGAAUCCAAAGGAAACUUCACAAACGGCUUAAGCUACAGACAGCUCUUCUUGUGCAGCAAAUCCCAACGCCAGUGCAAUGGUGGUCAUAUUACCAAGGCAUGGCGUUUCCUUAAAAAAUACGGCCUCCUCCCAGAAAUGUGUCUUCCUUGGGAUUGGAACGAAGUGCACAACGAGAAGGUCUGUCACAAGAAAACUGCCAAAGCGGCUCAUUGUCCAGCGAUAGGCUCAUUUGAGCCUAUAAGACGUAUGGGUCCUGCUUACAGGAUAGAAGGAGAAAAACAGAUCAUGCAAGAAAUUAUGACAAACGGCCCUGUUCAAGCAACAAUGACAGUUUACAGGGAAUUUUUCCUUUAUAAAGAAGGCGUGUACAACUGUGCCAAUAUAGAUUCAACGAAUUUGGAAGGAUUUCACUCUGUCAAACUUAUCGGAUGGGGCGAAUCGAUAUAUGAAGAAAAAUACUGGCUCGCUGUCAACUCAUGGGGAACGUCAUGGGGUGAAGGUGGCUAUUUCAGGAUCACCCGCGGACAACAGGCAUGCAGAAUUGAAACGUUCGUCAUUGGUGCACACACAAUCCAGUCUACUUCGAAAAAACUGCCUUUUGAUGUCACAAGGCGCAGGUGAUAAGGGAUAAACAGUGUACAUUUUAAAAUUUUCCAUUUUUCGAUAUUGACAUCAGUUAUUUUAAUGUUACCUUUGUAAGCUAAAUGUGUUCAUGUUUGUUUAUUUUGUAAAAGUAAGUUUUUGUUACUUUAAUUGUAAGUAAAUAACUAAAUAUUAAUACACAAUAACUUUAUUUUUAAGUACUUUUUUGAAGAUUAUUAAGAUGUACAGUUAAUCUAUAUUAUCUGUUUACCAUGUAUUAUAUUUUAAAUAUCAUCUCAAUAUGUUAAAAGCUUUAAUAAAUGAUCUAAGCAAU